AUGCAGGAAUAUUGUAGUAUAGUUGGCGGAACAUUGCCUCAAAUAACUGACGCCGACAUACAAGCUUUCCUUGAAGCUCAGAUAUCUAGUCGCUAUCACGAAAGUAACUAUGUUAUAUCUACUGAGAAUAAUUAUCACUACCACUACAUCAUGGAUAACGGAAUUGAUGUAAGAGGUCAAACAUCGAUAUCUUUCGAAGUUAUGGCUUGUAAUGAUGCCCAUAUUGCACUAUCUAAAGACAAAGGAGUGGAUUCACGUGACACGUAUGAGAUUGUCAUUGGUGGUUGGGGAGACCAUCAAUCUGUAAUUAGAGACUGUAAGCAAUGUGCACACAUGGACACAAACGUUCAACAACAGCAUCCUUUAGACUGUAAGAACUAUUCGUCAUUUUGGGUCAGCUGGACCAAUAAUGUCAUUAAGGUUGGAAAAGGAAAUGACGUCGGCAAGCAGACCUUUCUCACUUGGAACGACACAGCUCCACAUAAUGUCAACUAUGUCGCAUUUUCCACUGGUUUUGGAGCUACAGGAAAAUGGAAAGUGAAAAGAGGAAACUAUAAUCCUGGGUUAUUUUGGAUAGGAGCAUCCGAUCUUGCCAGUGAGGGCAACUGGUUAUGGUUACCAAGCAAGCACAAGUUUUCUUACUCGAACUGGGCAUCUACAGAACCAGACAAUACAAAUUACUAUGAACACUGUGCUCUUAUUGAUCUACAUAGGGGAUACAAAUGGAGUGAUGACAACUGCGAAGAACGUCGAAACUUUAUCUGUGAAACAAUACCAAAUGAGUUUGGUAAUGAAGUAAUUGGCAAAUAA